AGCACUUCUCGCUUCCACUGGCCCUCCACACGCACGUCGAACAGCGCCAAACUUCUCUCCUCCUCCUCGACGUCGCCGACCAAACAUCGAUCGAACUUCAACACUACGCGGUAGCGUCGAAAUACACGCGAAGUGCGACGGAGGCGUGAGGAUAACACGGAGCUAGGGGAGAUGGGCCAUGGAAAGGAGGCCAAUAGGUUGGCAAUAGGUGAGUAUGCGCCUGCGUGCUCGUUCACCUGCCCACUCGCCAGUCCUCCCGCUCGCCCCUUCACCCUCUCGCCCCUUCACCCUCUCGCCUGUUCACCCGCCCUUCGUUUUCCAGUUCCCUCGUCCGCUCAUCCCGCAAAGCACAGACUCUCGCGGCCCUCCGUCAAGGAGAGGAACGGCGGGCGUGCUCGAUUUCAUGUAUAGUGAGUCCCUCGCAACUCAUUUGUGAUGUGGCGUUCGCACACGGACGAGUGGCUGGCGGGGACGGGCGGCGGCGAGCGGGUGGUGGGCACGAGGUGCGGAAACACGACGGGCGUGAGCAUAGCGCAC